AUGGCCUCCCCUCCGAUAUCGCGCGAGCCGUCUGCUUCCUCUUCGGGCUCGGCUCCUUCCGGCGCUACUGCGUCGACCUUCUACGAACGCCGCGCAGCUCAGGCGCAAUUAAUGGAGCUUCGGGACGACGUGGCAACGUUUCUCUCCGCCCGUGCUAACCGCCCCCUCCCAGCUGACGCCGGGGACCUCGAGGUAAUGGAAUGGCUCCGGUGGGCCCGUAGGGCCGUCUAUCUUCAGCUUACUUUCGAGGCGAACUCCCUGGUCGCGCAGCGGAACGGACACGAGUCCCCCGGCAAUCCGCCCUCCACCAUCGAGGCUUUGAACCGGCUGUCUGACACCGUAGCGGAGCGUGCUUUUGCAGUAGGGGCACCUUACCAGGCGUAUGCUGCCCAGCUUCGUGCUGACAUCGAGAACCGGGUCGGCCUCCGGGAUGAUCUGCGCGCCGCGCGCUGGAACGAUGCUCCCCUGGUGCUUAGUGAGCACGUUUUCACCGUCGUUGGCCCGUCCGUCCUCCCUCCGCUGGUCCCUUCGUCCCUUCCGCCCUCCGGUACAAUGUCGGCCCCGGUUGCUCCACGCAUUCCCGCUCCCGUUCCGGUUCGCACUGCUCGUCCCGCUAUCCUUCCUGUUCCUCCACCCUCGCGCCCCGCCUCCCCUAUGGCCAUCUCGCCCCCCGUUCCUGACCGCGAACCCUUGUUUCUUCCGGGCACGCCGUCUCCUCCUCCACGCGUUCCCUCCCCACCCGUCGCUCCUCCAUCCGCCGCCCCCUCCGGGCUCCCCGUUCGUCGUGUUCGCCUUCGAGUGGCUGACGAGCCGCCUACUCCUCCUCCCGCCCCUGUUUCUGGCCGCGACGUAGUUCCACCCCUCCCUUCCGGUUCUACCCAGGCCAACCGGAUGCGAUACGGGCCCUACGUGUACGAUGCGAUUCCCCGCUGCGAGUCCUGCGUUACUCGCGGGACCAUCUGUCGCACCGAUGGGCUUCCUCAUCACCAGUGCGCCCCCUGCGCUCGGAGCAAGGCACGGUGUUCCCUCCGGACGCUCGACAAGGGUCCCUUUGAGAUGUGGUACAUUGGGCCUCACCCGCUCAUCUCUCGGUCCCAAGCACGCGGCUACGAUUUCCGCACUUCCGUGCAGGGACGAGUUCACGGCAACGUCCCCCGCGACCUUCUCAGCGCGUUCCCGGAUGAUCAGCCUGGCCCUUCCACUCCCGCCGCGCCUCCUGUUCCCGGUCCGUCUUCCCGCCCCACUCCCCCUCUUCCCCGCACUGGUGCCAUACGGGAUCGGGCCCGGAGGCUCAAGACCGACGCCGCUCGAGCCGAGGCUCUCUACACUGCCCGAUUCUCAAGGGCGUCGCAGGACCACGAGCCUUCCGGUGAGCGGGAGGGGGCCGACGACGUUCAGGAGGAUGAGGACAUGCCACCGCCGCAGGAUGGCGAUCCAGAGUCCGAGGACGAUGCGUAG